UAGACAGUGGUGUAAGGAAGAUAUUCUUUGCACGUGUCUGUCUAUAAUAUGUGUGUGUGUGUGUGUGUUUGUAUAUUUGAUUGUGGCUGUAUGAGAUCCACAUGCUCAUUAGUCUCAGCUGUGGCCUUUAACAAGGGCCUCAUCAAUACUGCAGUGUGUGUGUGUGUGUGUGUGUGUGUGUUUGUGUGUGUGUGUGCAUGGACACGUGUGCACUGUGCCGUUUUUAGUUCCCACCUCCCUCGACUCUGAAUUAUUCAUUAUCUUGAUCCCUGUGUGUACCUGUAUCACUUACCUGCCUGCAACUGUGUGAGUGUGUGUGUGUGUGUUUCUGUCUGUAUGCGUGCACACUGAGACCUGACUCUCUGUGGUCUCUCAGGUUGUCAGACAGUUUGGUUCCCCACCAGCAGCCUCCCUCUCUCCCUCUCUCUCUCUAUGUCCUUCAUUCUCCAUCUUCUUCUUUUCCUCUUUCCCCCAUUUCUCUCUCUUCCUCCUGGUAAUGCUGUUAGCUGGGAGUGAGUGUGUGUUUGCCAUGUCCUGGACCUUGUGCUCAGCCUAGUAUAUGUCGAGGUGGUUAAAGGCUCUGAUAGGCUGAUUAUGGAUGGAGGGGCCUGGAUUCCCCUCAGGACUCGAUAUAUGCCUCGCUGGCACCACACAGGCUCUUACCAGCUCUACCCAGAGCUGAACCGUGUGGAGCUGCAGGGCUGCAGCAGAGACAACAGUCUGAACAGUAAUGCCAUCCUGCCCAGCGUCCAGAGCCACCGGCGACACACAGAGAGGAGAGUGGCCAGCUGGGCCGUCUGCUUCGAGAGACUGCUGCAGGAUCCAGUGGGCGUCCGCUAUUUCUCGGAGUUCCUGAAGAAAGAGUUCAGUGAGGAGAAUAUCCUGUUUUGGCAGGCCUGUGAGUUCUUCAGCCACGUCCCUGAGAAUGACAAGAAACAGCUCUCUCAGCGCGCCAGGGAGAUCUACAACAGCUUCCUGUCCAGUAAAUCUACAACGCCGGUCAACAUCGACAGUCAGGCUCAGCUCGCUGAUGACAUCCUCAAUGCUCCUCGACCUGACAUGUUCAAGGAGCAGCAACUGCAGAUCUUUAACCUGAUGAAGUUUGACAGCUACACCCGCUUCCUCAAGUCUUUCCUGUACCAGGAGUGUAUGCUGACGGAGGUGGAGGGCAGGCCCUUGCCUGACCCUUACCACAUCCCCAACAGCCCAACUUUCAAACACAGCAUCAUCAGCUCUGACCGCUCCAACCUCUCAACGCCCAAGAAGGAGGACAAAAAGAGCAAAUCUGGUCGAUCUUUGAAUGAGGACAGCAGAGACGACCCAGGGGACCAGAGGAAAGGCAUGUUCUCCUCCUGGUCCCGCAACAGGAGCUUCGGCAAAGGUCCCAAGAAGCGAGAGCUGGCUGACUUCAACUACAAUUUCUCUGGCAGUAAUGGUCGGCGUGGAUCACAGGGUUCCUUGUCAUCAGGAGCCAGUCUGGAGCUGGGGAGGAAUGAGGGUGAUGUUUCCAGAGAUGCAGUAUCAGGGUCAACCGAGCGUGGAGGGGGCAGCGCCCCCUUGAGGCAGUGUAACAUAAGCUUGCCGGACGGCUCAUGUUGCUCUGUGCCGCUGAGGUCCGGGGUGUCCAUCAGGGACUUGCUCCUGGGUCUUUGUGAGAAGCUCUGUAUCAACUUGGCAGCUAUAGACCUCUUCCUGGUUGGAGGAGAGAAGCCACUUGUUUUGGACCAAGAGUGUAUGACAUUGUGCUCUCGGGACCUCCGACUAGAAAAACGCACACUCUUCAGACUCGACUUAGUCCCUAUUAACCGGUCUGUGGGCCUAAAAGCUAAACCCACAAAGCCAGUAACUGAAGUCCUCAGGCCUGUGGUUGCCAAAUAUGGCCUGCACUUCUCUGACUUGGUUGCACGCAUUAGUGGUGAGUCAGAACCUUUAGAUUUAGGUAUUCCCAUUUCCCACCUGGACGGACUGCGUGUGGUGUUGGAUACAGCAGAACACACUGCUGGAAUGGUUGACAAACAUAAAGUAGGUCAUUCGAAGAGUCUCGUCUCAGUCUCUACAAGUAGAAACCAACCAUCAACAGGCGAGAAGAGGCGCUCAGGGAAAACAGGCUCAGCCCACAUCCGUGGGCAAAACGGCAAGGCUGGGCACGGUUCUGACCUAAGAGGCUUGGUCUUACCCAACCACCCUAUCUCUCUGCAUAAGGCUCUGGAUAAAAGAAAGCAGAAAAAGAUUAACAUCGAUGAAGCUGAAGAAUUCUUCGACCUCAUUUUCAAAGCUCAGAGCCACCGAGCAGAUGACCAGAGAGGCCUGCUAAACAAAAGCGACCUGCAGCUUCCAGACUUUCUUCGCCUUUCGCCGACUGCUCCUUACAACCCUGAGCCCAGUUGCUUCACCCCUAAUUCCCGUAACCCCAACAACAGCAGCCUCCCCAGCAGCAGUCGCCGGGGGAAUAAGACACUCAGCAAAGACAGGGGAGGAGGAGGUGGCGGCACCCACUUGCUCACUGCAAGCCAUCAGUCCCAGAGCUUAGGCUCUGCACUGGGUACUGGAAGUGGAGGCAGAAGGAAAUCCAGACCACUCCCUCCAUUUUCUGGACCCAUCUCCCACAUUCACCCCCAAACUAGCCGGGGAGUAUGCAUCCAGGAAGAGGACACACUGUCAGAUCUGACUCUUGUAGGAGAGGGGGACAUUAACAGUCCCAACCUCAGCUACAUCACUCCCUCAGCCCUUCCCUGCAAACCCCGACCCCAUCAGCAAGCACAGGACAGUCGGCCGAGUUCAGGUAAAGACAGAGAAAGAUGGAGAGGGGAGGAAAGAGGACAAGGGGGGUUCAAAAUGCACAGCCGAAGAACAACCUCUUCCAACCCCAUCCCUCCCUCUAUUUCCCCUCCUCUUCCUCCUCCUCCUCCUCCUCCAUCACGACCUCCUCUACGCUCACGUCGAAAAUCCAAGUCACCUGUGUCCCGCUUCACCCCAAAACGAGCUUUGGAUUUAGAUAACAUCGGGGCCAACACUGACACCAGGCAAAACCGCAGAGGAUCCCAGAACUCAGAUCUGGACAGGAAGUGGGAGGGCGUGGCCUUGGAGCUGCGCAACCAUGGCAGCAGGAUGAGGUCGGCAGUGUACGAGACUUCAGACUUGCCCUCCAUGGUCAGAGCCAAGAGACAUUUGGAGCAGGGUGAGGGCAAACGGCAGACAGACCGGAAUAAAGUAAAAGCAACAUUUGUUUGAGGAGGAAUGACGAGAUUGUCUUGCUGAUGAUGCGUCUGUGAAUCUGAACACACCGAGGGUUUCUGCAGCAGCUGAAACACUGUCCUGGUUAAGAGCUGAGGCAAAGAGCUUGAUGUCAACAACUGUGCAGCUGCUCCCAGAUUCCGUACUGAGGGCUUCUAAUGACACACUGGGAUUAAUCAUCACAUGCUAUGUCCCAAUUCCAUACUGCAGACUCAUUCUUGGUUUGUACUGUGCAGUGGAAUGUUAACACAACUUCAUUGCACUGUACUUAUGUCCAUAUGUCACAUGACUCAGCGUGUCUACACCAACAUGGCAGGAAAGGCUCCUCAGAAAUAAACAUCUCAAAGGUCAGUUUGAGGUCCUCAGAGUUCACUGCACACUUUAUAUUUGCUAAUGUAUCGCACAACUUGACAGACUGAAUUUAUCUGACCCUUCUAAUGACCCGAGGGUCACUUUUUUUUUAUGUGUACAACAGCCGGAGCUGAUAUAAUUCCAGACCUGCAGUAUCCUGAAAUCCUAAAGUUUAUUAGAAGUCU